AAUUGGGCCCACAUCUGAAACGCGUAUGCACUGCAGCUGUCCACAGCUGUCCAUCGCUUCGCAGCUCGGCGGCCAAGUCCUCCUGCAAUUGGCAAUGUUGUCUGCUUCGUCAUUGUCCACCACCAGCCGUGCCGAAAGCAACCUGAGCGCUCGUAGCAUCUGGAGCUACCGAAACCUCCAGCGCAUUGUGGUACCGACUUACGAUGUGAUGCCGCCCCGUCCCGGCCUUCGGCAGCAAAAACAUAGCGCUCGAUCUUCCCUGCCUUAGCUCCUGAGGCUGACUGAGGGGAUCGCUACCCCUUCCGGCGUCCGCCAUGUGGCGAGACCGCACAAACCUCUAUAUCUCGUACCGGCAGUCCUACGCCCACCACCCGACCCAGCGCAACCGGUAUGGACCAUCCACCACGGGCGACCGCUUCGGCGCGAGCGGCGCAAGCACUGGCGUCCUGUUCUCAGCGGACGAUGAUCGGCGGGGUCUUUUAUCCUCAGACGCCUACGAUGUGGACGAUGGUGAUGCCGUAAUCGAGAUGGACCUGCUCCCCCCUCGCUGGGCCGACGUGUCAGACGAGGUGACGGAGUUGCUAGCCGAUAUUGCGAGCAAGAGCCAGAAGUUGGAGCGCCUACACCAAAAACACGUCCUACCGGGGUUCAAUGACGAAGAGACCAAGAAGGCCGAGGAGGGCGAGAUUGAGCGGUUGACACAGGACAUCACACGCGGGUUCCACGGGUGCGGCCGAUGCAUACAGCGCAUUGAACGAAUGGUACGCGAGGGCAAGUCGAACGGUCAGAUGAGUCGCGCGGACGAGACUAUGGCGAAGAACAUCAAGGUCAACCUUGCAGCGAGGGUCCAAGAGGCGAGCGCCGGGUUUCGCAAGAAGCAGAGCACGUAUCUCAAGAAACUUAGGGAUAUGGCCGGACUGGCUAGUCCAACCGAGCGUUCUUCCACUCCUCUCGCUGGGGGUAACUACACCGACCCCUCAAUCCUUGAAUCCGACGCGGACAGGAACUAUUCGCAGUCAAUGCUCCAAACAACCACCCACCAGAAACUCCUCCAUUCCAACGAUGCCGUCAUAUCACAGCGCGAGAAGGAAAUCGAACAAAUUGCACAAGGAAUCAUCGAGUUGGCCGACCUUUUCCGCGAAAUGCAGACCAUGGUCAUUGACCAAGGAACCAUGUUGGACCGAAUCGAUUACAACGUGGAGUCUAUGGCGACCCACGUCAAAGAGGCUGCGAAGGAGCUCAAAACAGCGGAGGGGUACCAAAAGAAGACGACGAAGCGGAAGAUCAUUUUCCUUCUGCUACUCAUCAUUGCCGCCAUGAUAAUAUUGCUGGUCAUCAAACCGAAGAAACACAGUGCGGCCAACGACGAGAGGUAACACACCUGGAAACAAAGGGAUCAGAUAGCUGUUCCAUGCGGCGGCGAUGAUGGAUUUGGGUGCAUGUAUGAAAGAUGGUGUAAUACUUAGACAGGGAAUGGCGUGGCUAGAGGGGCCUUUGCAGGCGGCGGGCAGCGAGCGCUAUGUUUCAAUUUCUCAAUGUACGAUACCUACUUCCUCUUGACGGACGAACGGUAUUCAGUAUGCCGCAGUUUCGCGAUGCUCUUGUGAAAAAAUUGCAUUUAUCCUUCUUGGAAAUGUUCUCGAAAUACCUAUAAAGACGGACAUUGGAGAUGUGAUAUUGCCCGGCUUGCCAGGGUUGAAGCUCGAAAACGACUUGGCAUCAGACCACAAAAGACUCGCUGCGUCAACCCUGAGCAUUGACCAAUCCGACUUGGGCCAAGCAGCCCACC